ACUCGAAAUAUUCACUUUUACAUAAUCAAAAGUUACCAAUGACGUCAUACUAUAGCUAUAUUAUGUUACGCUUCAUGUAUGUUGCCUUGGGAAACGAAACGAGGCGCUUCCUGCGACUUUGCGAUUGAAACUGUGUGCAUAUUUGGUUUACUUUGCGAGUUUAGCUUUAUUAAACAACACCAUGUCUGAAGUUGAAGAAACCGUAAAGAGAAUACAAGCCCAUAAAGGAGUUAUCGGUAUUAUUGUGGUCAACCCAGAAGGAAUUCCGAUCCGAACAACAUUGGAUAAUUCAACAACUGUUCAAUAUUCUGGACUCAUUCAUACGCUCACAAUGAAAGCUCGAAGUACCGUUCGGGAUAUUGAUCCACAAAACGAUCUCACUUUUCUACGUCUCAGAUCAAAGAAACACGAAAUUAUGGUCGCUCCAGACAAAGAAUAUCUUCUCAUUGUCAUACAAAACCCAGCAGAAUGAUCAAUUUCAGAAUUUCACACUUGUCUAUUUUUUUGAAAUUAUUCUUUGCAGUUGUAGCAUUUCCUCAUUGUAUUUAUAUCCAGUCCGUUGAAAAAAAACUUUCUAAACAAAUAUUCUUAUAGUAUAAUACUUUUGUCUUAUCUUGGUAUCAGUAUCUAUGAUUUUUUCCCCUUUGCUCAAAUGUUUAAUCAGUCAAAGAUACACCAUUAUUUAAACAUAUUGAACGCUCAUUUCAGCGAUAAGUGGCCGAUGGCACCUGAAAAAUGAUCUUUAAAUAUAUAGUUAUUUUGACUCCAUACCUGUUUCAUUAUAAAGAAAAAAAAUGAUUUGUUAAAUUUCAUUAUUUUGUAUCACAUUCACAGAUAUAAUGAUUCAGGAAAUAAAAUUUUCUGGCAAUAAACAAGUAACAUGUGUAAACACUGAACUGUGAAUAAAUAUGUUUUCUGGUCUAUAGUACUUAAUUGCUAUCAAUUUUCAAAGUUUAUACAAAUAUUUAUUGUUAGUGAUAUUGUUAAUGUUAUGCAGAUGCACAGGCAUGAAAAUUACAAUUUUGUACUGCUAUUAUAGAAUAUCGGCAAAAUU